AUGGUCAAACCUCUAGAUCUCAAGAAGUACAUGGACGAGCAACUUCAGAGUGUAUCAAAUUGCUAUGUAUUCAAAAGUCGGUUGCAAGAGUAUGCUCAAAAAGCAGGACUCACCACACCUAUUUAUCAUACCAUUAAAGAAGGCCCUUCACACCAGCCAUUAUUCAGGUCAUCUGUUGUCCUAAAUGAUGAAAGUUAUUAUUCUUUGACUGGAUUUCUAAACCGAAAAGCUGCUGAACAAUCUGCUGCUGAAGUUGCUCUCAUUGAAAUCGCAAAAUCUGGUGCUACAGAUAAAAGCGUGUCUCAUCCUGUGCAUGAAACCGGGUUAUGCAAAAAUCUACUUCAAGAAUAUGCACAAAAGAUGAACUAUGCGAUCCCAUCAUACAUAUGCACGAAAGAUGAAAAAAAGGGGAGGGAAUCCCCGUUUUAUUGCACUGUUGACAUAGGUGGAAUCAAAUACAUUGGUACAGCAGCAAAGACAAAAAAGGAAGCAGAACUUAAAGCUGCAAAAAUCGCUUUGUUGGCUAUAAAGAUGAGUGGGCCAGAAUCCAAUUGGCAAUCCGACCCGGUGGAUACGGAUACGGAUACUACAUUAUAUACGGUGGUCCCCACUAAACGAAAGGAACCUGAGCAGGUGGUUGUGGAGACGGAGGGCAAAGUGAAAAUGAAAAAAAGGAAAAAAAGUAAAUUUGUUAGGCAGCGACGAAAGAAGAAAGCUAGAACGCCAGGUGGCGAUGAUGAUGAUGGGUUGGUGAAAACGGACGGUGAUCCUUGUAGUAAGAAUGAGGUCAAAGUCAAAGAUUUGGAUUCGAAUGGUGAAAGUGUUUUGGUUGUGAAUGAACAAGUCAAAGAGUUGAAAGCAAAUGGAGAAAGUGUUUUUGUCGGGAAUGAACAAGUCAAAGAUCUACAGUCAAAUGGGGAAAACGUUUUGGUUGCGUGUGAUGACAUGAGUUGAGGGAGAUUUUGAGUUAUUUAGUAGUCAUGAUGUAAUUCAUUGGGUGUAUGUUCUUUUUGGAGCUUGAAAUAUAUAAAAUCUUGUAUUUUGGUAUUUUGUAAUUUCUAACGAUUACUUGAAUAUUGACCCCAUUGGCAUCACAUGCAAUCAGAUUUUGUUCCUGGAUUACUCCCUUC